AUGUACGGUACUAUCGUUAUCCCCCAUCAACUCGACACUGCCACUGCUGCUGUUGCUGCACCUGCACCUGCCAUCUUAUCAGAUCUACAAUAUGGUGCAAUCCAAAUCCCCUAUUCUGAAGAUGACCCUUCGGCGUUCUUCCAAAAGGCUGCAGCUUCAGCUAUCCAAUGCGAACAAAAAAGGCGUGUCUCUUUAAUGUCUAAUCCUGAAACUGAGGAGGAAGACGAUGAUUCGGAUGAUUCUCUUCAAAGAGCAUCAAAACGUGCCAAGACGAAUUUGCUGACUGAAGAAGAGAAGAGGGCUAAUCAUAUCGCUUCUGAACAAAAACGGCGUAACACCAUCCGCACGGGCUUCAAGGAGAUGACUGAUUUGGUUCCUACCUUGAAAAACGUCAACCAUUCCAAGAGCACCAUUCUUUUCAAGGCUGCCGAUUAUAUAAAGUACCUCGACAAACGAAAUCAGGAAUUGCGUGAUAAGGUGGCUUCCCUUCAGACUCGUGUUCAACGCAAGUCGAUUUAUACCAACAAGCCGUAUCGUCAUCAACAUCAACAUCAUAUUCAUCGACAUGCAUCUAUCUCUAUCCCUGCUUCUUCCUCUAUUGACGCUAUCGCCUCACCAUCCUCAUCUUCUACCGCCUCCAGCAUCACCAUGUCUCCUUCCUCAUGUGUAAAUAACAGCAUCACUCCUACUGCUCUCGUCGUUCCCAAUGAUGAGUUCUACUCUGCCCCGAGUCUCAAUAUUCCCGCCGACGACGACUUUCAUCAAUCGCAUCAUGACCAUUUGCUCACCCUCCGUCAUUUGAGCCAACAUCAUCAUCAUAAUCAUAACCAUCAUUAA